AUUACAUCUCCAAGGAUGGACGUGGUGGAUGGAAUGUGGUUGCUGUUUUCAAUACGAAAUUCUCCGCUACUAACAAACUUCACUUGUAAUCCGUACCUAGAUCAGAAAAAACGACUGGUCAAUUAUUUUCGGUAAACUUUGAAGGUUGUAUAAAGCAGUGCAACAUUUUAAAAGUCUCAUUACAUCAAGGUCUUUAAUCAAACUGCAACAGUCGUAAUUAAUAGUAAUUCCGUUCGUAGAUGUGUUUCUCAGUCUGUAAAAUGUUGUAAAUAAUACAAGCUUCAUAAUAAUCUCCCGAUCUACUCUACUGCAAUGAAGACUCUUAGAAGAACACAGGACGUCUUCGAAAUCGAGAGGAACAUAGUUGUGGAACCAGAAGUCAAAAAUUUAAUGUUGGAUCUUGAAGACUGGUUCAGUCUAAUAGUAAAAUCUGAGAAUAUACUGAGUUGGAAAAAUCCUCGAUCAACAUUGCUUGUGAUAUUUGCAAUCACUAUUUUGUUUCUGUUGGUUCACGUAUACGAACCACCUGUCCUGUUUGUUAUCGGUUGUUCAGGAUUGCUUUUAAGCUUAAUAGACUACUUCGGACCCUUAGUUUUGUCUAGAGUGUUCAAUAAGCCUCCAAGUUACGAGGAUCACUGGUGUUAUUGGAGUUUUUGUAGACGUCUUGUCCACAUGCGUCAUGUACUGAUCAACUUCUUUGUUUUUGUGCAUAAAGUUCGAUAUAGAAAUGCGACUCUACAUUUCCUAACUAGUUCAUCUCUUUUGUGCAUAGUUGGAUUUGUUGGACUACAUAUUAGUGAUUUGUGUCUGGUUUAUCUCUUAAUACUCGUUUGCUUUAUCGCACCAAAUCUGCGUCCUAAAGGAAUACUAAAGGUCAUUGUUUGGAUCCUCUGGUAUCCUUUAACUAUUCUUCGAUCUUUCGCAUCAAAAUUUCGGCCAGGAAUGCCGAAGUUUUUUACUCGGACCCUGCGUGUGUCGAAUAAAAACACUGAGAAAGACCAGUGACACUAUUUUUUUAUUUAGUAUUAAACACAUAAUGCUGCUUUUCCUUUAAAUAUUGUCCAACAUAUCAGUAAAUCAUUUCAAUCCAAGUUACUGGUUACAUAAACUCAUUUGUGCAUUGUCUUAAA